CCAAUCAACAAUAGUCUUCCACUCACAGACGUUGGCAUUUUCCCAGCCAAGAAAAAAAAAUUAACGUUCAAUUUUAUGCCUUUCUCCACAGUACAUAUAUAAUCUACAUACUUCGCAAUCUUCAAUUCCGAAAAUUAUCUUCACCCAUGGCCGAAAACCUAAGCAGAAUCAAGUAACAGCCACUCAAGGAAUCUACAGAAAUGGCUUCUUCGAUGUCUGCUUACUUUUUCACUCUUACUCCCAAAUCCCACUCCUUAAUUAUCUCUCGCAAACCAUUUAAAUUCUCCGAAUUCAACCAUUUGAAUUCUCUGCCAUCGCUGAUUCUCCCCCAAUCCACAAAAUUCCGCUGCGGAAAAACCGUAAUUAGGGCUUCCAGUAGCAGCAGCAGCGGUAGUGCUGAUGCCACCGCAAUUAGGCCCGGCGGCAGUGUGGAGAGCGAUAAAUUGCCGUCCGAUGUGCGGAAGCGGGCGAUGGACGCCAUUGAUUCCAGCGGGAGGAGGGUCACCAUCGGUGACGUGGCGAGCAAAGCCGGCCUCAAGUUGAAUGAAGCUCAGAAAGCUCUCCAGGCUCUCGCCGCCGACACCAAUGGAUUCUUAGAGGUUUCGGAUGAAGGCGACGUGCUAUAUGUUUUUCCUAAGGAUUAUAGAUCGAAGCUCGCUGGCAAGUCGUUUUGGAUUAAAGCUGAACCUUUGUUGGAGAAGGGAAAGAUGGCGGCUGAGUAUGUAGUGAGGGUUUCCUUUGGGACGGCACUGAUUGCAUCCAUUGUUAUUGUGUAUACCACGAUUAUUGCUAUAGCAUCGAGUAGCCGUGAGUCGGACGAUCGUGGCAGAAGAGGAAGAUCUUAUGGAAGUGGUUUCAAUUUUUAUUUGAAUCCAGCUGAUUUGUUCUGGUACUGGGAUCCAUAUUACUACAGGAGACGAAGAGUAAGAGAAGGUGAUGGUGGGGGUGGGAUGAACUUCAUUGAAUCUGUUUUUUCCGUUGUUUUCGGAGAUGGUGAUCCCAAUCAAGGGAUUGAAGAAGAGAGGUGGAAGUUGAUUGGACAAUACAUAGCUUCAAAUGGUGGUGUUGUUACAGCUGAAGAACUUGCUCCAUAUCUUGAUCUGGAAACUGGUGAAAAAACGGACGAUGACUCUUACAUACUACCAGUGCUACUGCGAUUUGAUGGUCAGCCAGAAGUAGAUGAAGAGGGUAAUAUUUUAUACCGUUUUCCAUCACUACAACGAACUGCUGCUCCACAGAGGAGCGGGCGGAAGGAAUACGUUGGAAGAAGAUGGGCUGAUUUUGUUGGAGAUGUUGAAAAGUUUUUUAAUGAAAAGAAAUGGCAAUUUAGCAAAACUAGUGCUUCAGAGAGGGCUUUGGUGAUUGGUCUUGGUGGCCUUAAUCUAUUUGGGGUUAUAUUUCUCGGUACCAUGUUAAAGAAUAUGACAUUUAGCCAGACUGGGUUCAUAUCAUUCGUGUCGGAAAUAUUUCCGCUGCUUCAGAUCUAUGCUGGCUCUUUCUUUGCUAUUCCAUUAAUCCGAUGGUUUGUCGUUCAAAACACAAAUCAUAAAAUUAUUAAAAGAAAUCAAGCCAGAGAACAGCGGGCCAUGGCACUCAAAUCACCCGAUCUUUCUCUGAGGCGGAAGAUUUUAAGUGCUCGAGACAUGGCACAGAGGACAUUCAUUGGCAAGGAUAGAAUCGUUUAUAGUACUGAGAAAGAUUUGUACGAGCAGGACUAUGAUACUCAAGAAUGGGAUCGGAGACUCAAAGAGAUCGAAAAAUCUGAGUGAAAAAAACUGUGUACAAGGUCAGUACAUUGUGUUUCACAGGAGAUAUAUGUACUACAUUCAGGCAAGUUGGGACUUUGUCCCUUGAUACAGUUUGUACAUGAUCAUAUUAAAUUAUUCAAAGGCAAGUAAACAAGGUAGGCUUUGCAUGAUAAAAAAGAGAAACUAUUAUCAUAUGUUAUUAUUGAAACAUAUUUCCGGAAGUGAUUCUGAGCUUUUUUGUUUUGGCCCAUAAUCACUUUUGAAUUGUUCUGCUUUAGGUUGAAAUGAGAAAAGCACUUCCUAGA